AUGGAUACGAAGGGAGUCCUAUCAUCACCAUCGCAGUCACAGAGUACUGCACAGUUGAAGUAUGUCCAAGAACUAGCAACUAGUGGAGAAGAACCGCCACCAAAAUAUUUCCAUAAAAAUGUUAAUGAUAAAGGGAAUCAGGUAACUACGGAUGAUUCGUUAUCAGUUCCGAUAAUUGAUAUUAGUCGUUUAACGUCCAACGCAUCCAUUGAAGAGAAAGAAGAAGAGAUGGGGAAGUUAAAGUCUGCUUUGAAUUCAUGGGGCAUGUUUCAGGCAGUAGGGCAUGGUAUUCCGCAAAAUUUACUCGAUGAUAUGUAUAAUAUUUCCAAGAAGUUCUUUGAUCUUCCUGUUGAAGAGAAGCAAAGGUACGCGCUAUCUAAAGACGAUGAAAUAUUUGACUUACAGGGAUUUGGGAGUGAUUCCAUGGGAGCAAAUAUUAAUGGUCAGGUUCUCGACUGGUCUGACCGUCUUCGCUACUGGCCUGGUGAUGAUUCUCCAUUGAAUUUCAGGAGAACAUUGGAUGAAUAUAGCGUUCAGGUGAGAUCAGUAUCAGAAAUCAUUUUAAAGGAAAUGGCAAAAUCAUUAGGAUUGGAAGACGAUGACUUCCUCAACCAGCUGGGUGAUCGACAGUAUGUGUACACAAGGUUUAGUUUCUAUCCUCCUUGUUCUAGACCAGAUCUUGUUUACGGAUUAAAAGCUCAUACAGAUGGAGGAGCAAUAACUUUUCUUCUGCAAGACCCUGAAGUAAGAGGUCUUCAAGUUCAUAAAUAUGAUCAGUGGGUUAGUGUUCCAUGCAUGCCUGGAGCUCUGCUUGUCAACAUUGGGGAUCUAUUGCAGAUAAUGAGUAAUGGAAUCUUCAAGAGCCCUUUACAUAGGGCAGUAACAAAUACAGAACGGACGAGAAUUUCUGUGGCUAUGUUUUAUUUACCACAUAUGGAUCAGGAAAUCGAACCCGUUGCCGCGUUGAUCGACGAGAGCAAUCCUAGAAAGUAUAGGAGGAUGAAGGCAAAAGACUUUCUUGAAGCUUUCUUCCAAACUUAUUUGCAAGGAGAGCGAGUGUAUGACUGGGCGAGCAUCUAGUUCUUCUACCACUUUUAUUAGUUCAUGAGCAAGAGCCAGCAAUGGGACACGGUUGCUAGCUCAAACAUUGAUUGUGUGAAAAAGAAAAAAAACAAUCGCUAAGGUGUCGACGAACUUCAAAUACAGGUAUAACAAUCUAUAGUUUAACACAAGUAAUCGGUUAUCAUAAAGUAAACAUCUUAAGAAACUCUGUA